ACCAGAGCAGCUGGGGAGGAACUGGCUCCGUCCGAGGUUCGGAAACCCCAGCGGAACCGACCGUUACGUUACCGACAAACAGCGCGGAGAAGAAAAACCAGAGGCCGCUACAAGCGGAACGUUUAACGACCAUGCAACCGGAGACGUCCCCGGUCCGUGUGGAAGCGGAACCACGCUAGAACCGGGCCGUUGCACUGUCUGCCGCUUCUCGGCUGUUUUAGCGUCGCGUUACGGUACCACAGCGGAUGUAGCCGAACGAGGCCCGCGGUUCCCUUUGCCUGGUGGCCAAGCGAGGAGCUCGGGUGGUCUUUGUGGAAGGAUGCGUCGCCUCCUCCCGCUGCUAGCUCCUCCGCGGAUCAAUGUAAGGCUCCGAGCCCGGUGUUGUGUUAGCUGCACCGGUACCGCGGUACGGUCUGGUCGGCCUUGUGUUGACUCAUCACGACGUUAAAGAAGCGCACAAAGUCCCGAAGACGAGGGCCACCACUAACAUGCUCCUGGCCUCCGCCGUGGUGGUGUGGGAAUGGCUGAACGAACACGGCCGGUGGCGGCCCUACAGUCCCGCCGUCUCCCACCAGAUAGAGGCGGCCAUCCGGAGCAGCGACCCCCGCGGUGGGAGCGUGGUCCUCGGACAGGUUGACAGCAGGCUCUCGCCCUACAUCAUAGAUCUCCAGUCGAUGCACCAGUUCCGGCAGGACACAGGAACCAUCCGUCCAGUCCGAAGGAGUUUCUAUGAUCCCACCUCAGCUCCGGGUCAGGGCUGGCAGUGGGAGUGGGAAAACGAUGCGGGAACGUGGACGCCGUACGACAUGGAGGUGGCCAUCGCCAUCGAGAGCGCCCAUAGCCGCCAGCAGACCUGCCUGGACCUGACGCCGCUCGGCUUCUGCUACGUGAUCGACUUUAAGAGCAUGACACAGGUGAACCGGCAGAGCCAGAGAUGUCGUAGGAUCCAGCGCCGCGCUGACCUGGCGUACCCGUUAGUGUCCGGUCCACUCCCGCUGCCCAAAGGAGGAGGCGGGGGGCUAACGGGAGCCCUGCUGGGCGUUGGGGUGUCGGGGGCCAGCAUGGGAGUCGGUGCUUCUGUCACCUCUAAUGAAAGCGUACCGAUUCCGGGCCCAGGCCAGCCUUGUUCCUGCCAGCAGUGCAUGCUGGUCCUGAGUGUGAAGAGCAACACGGGAGGAGGAGCAGCCAUCCAGACUCUGGGGAGACGAUCGUUAACCAUGCAGCGACCCAAGACCUCAGCGCUCCCACCCCCCAAACCUCUGAGUCCUUCUAAGUCGUGCACCUUGGGACGAGGACAGCCACAGACCUCCAGCUACUAUCAGACGCUGCCUCAUGGCCUCGCCAUCACCAGAAACGUCUCCUCCCCCAGGAGGAACGACCUGCUCUUCGCCCAGUCCCUAGCGGCCCUCACCGCUGGCGCCUCCUCCAUGGGCAUCUCAGCAUCUUCCACCAGACCGCCACCCCCAUCCCUCCCUCCCCCACAGCCUCCUUCCUCCAACCCUCCCUCCAUUCCUCCCAAACUCUCCUCCUCCACCUCCCCCUCGGCCAAUGAGUCAGUGCCAACAGCCACGUUAAUCACCCCCGCCAGCAACGUGACCACGCCUCCCUCCCCUGUGCCAUCCCCGUCGUCAAUGGUCAUGAAGCCGCAGCGAGCGCCGCCAUCCACAUCAUCAGUGUGCCACGCCCCCUUACCACAGCGAUCGAGCCUAGCUGGGUUGAGCAGGCCGGCGCUGCAGCGGAUCGCCAUGGCGCAGUCCAGAGCGCUCAUUGCAUCAGGCGUUCCGACGGUCCCGGUGAAAAACCUGAAUGGAUCCAGUCCAGUCCACCCCGCGUUGGCUGGAAUCACGGGAAUCCUCAUGAGCGCAGCCGCUCUGCCUGUGUGUCUGACCCGGCCUCCAAAGCUGGUGCUGCACCCUCCGCCCGUCAGCAAGAGCGACAUCAAACCGGUUCCCGGCCUCAGCCACUGCUGCAGGAAAACCACCAAGAAACAGGCUCGGAAAGGUAAAACGCCAGAGGAGGUGGUGAAGAAGUACCUGCAGAAGGUGAAGAGUCCACCUGAGGAGGACUGCACCAUUUGCAUGGAGCCUUUAGGAGGACCUUCAGGAUACAAAGGUCCUGGUGUGGGUCCGGUGUCCAAGGCGGAGUCGGUGGGCCGGUUAGCCCAGUGUGGACACCAGUACCAUUUUCAGUGCCUGGUGGCGAUGUACAACAACGGCAACAAGGACGGCAGUCUUCAGUGUCCCACGUGUAAGACCAUCUACGGCGUGAAGACCGGCAACCAGCCAGCGGGCAAGAUGGAGUACCACAUCAUCCCUCACUCUCUACCGGGUCACCCUGACUGCAAAACUGUCCGGAUCAUUUACAACAUACCGCCAGGGAUUCAGGGACCAGAACAUCCCAACCCAGGGAAGCCCUUCACUGCCAGAGGCUUCCCCAGACACUGCUACCUCCCAGACAGCGAGAAAGGGCGCAAGGUUCUGAGAUUGCUCCUGGUGGCGUGGGACCGCAGGUUGAUCUUCUCUGUUGGGACCUCGAGCACCACAGGAGAGUCUGACACGGUCAUCUGGAAUGAGGUUCAUCACAAGACGGAGUUCGGCUCCAACCUGACGGGCCACGGCUUCCCCGACCCCGGACACCUGGACAAUGUCCUGGAGGAGCUCCGCUCUCAGGGCAUCACAGAGGAGGACGCACUAGUGGAAAAGUGAAAGAUCUAAAGGAUGAAGCGUGGGAACAGCCCUGAUAAAAGAGGAGGAGUAGGUCCUGGACUGAGAACAACUCUGCCAGCACUUAGAGAGGGGUGGGGGGUGUUAGCAGAGCUAACCACUCAGAGACUGGCUUUGCCUUUCGGUGAGGAGGAGGAGGAGGAGGAGGGUUUUAGCUACUAAACAUGAGUGAGAGAACGAGUCGGUGCAAACAUCCAGGGUGAAAACAAGUUAACAUUACUGAAAGAAGAGAAGAGUUAAAAGAUGGCAGAAAGCAGCUGAAACUGGGAGGAGUGGAAGGAGGAGGGGGAGGAGGAGGGGGAAGAGCAAAGAUGGCGUACGGAGGUAGUUUAGGAUAGCAGUAGAGUAACAUGAACUUGUGGUACUUUUCAGGUACUUGACAGACCGGCUUUGUUUAAAUCACCGUGUGGUAACUGAGCGCCCUCUUGUGGUGUUCUGAAGCGCUGCGGUUCAGCUGCUGGAACCAAUCAGAACGUCACAAAGAGUUUUUGUUUUACUAUAAUCCUCAUGUAACACUCGUGUACCUCUCUGAUUUAAAUGUUUUAAGUGUUUAUUAUUUGAUGAGACCGAACCGGGUCUGAGUUGAGUCUCAUUACUGAGCCACUGUGGGGCCAGGACCGCUUUACCUGAGCUGCACAGGUGUCCGUUCCUUAGCAGGGUUCUCUUCAGGUUGCACAAAGAUUUCAUUUAGUUAAGUUAGUUUUAUUAUUAUUUUUUUUCCUAAAGCCAUCGUUGGGUUAGGGUUAGUCCCAAAGAGAUAACCUGCAUAAGGAGGCAUUUCCACGAGAUUUCACUCAUCAGUGAGUUCAGCUGAUGCUUUAAAGUUUCAAAUCACAACUUUAAAGUUUGUCGUCUGAUGGAAAGAUUCAGAAAAAUACAUGACAAGUUUCGCUUAGUUUAGCUUUACGGCUAGCAGAAAUCAGAGCUAACCAACGCCAGUCAGACAAAUCUGCAUUUUGAGCUUUCUUUUGUUUCUCAUGAAUAAAUGUAGAAGUUUCCAGUUGUCAUUGAAUGCACCAUUCACCACUGAGCCUCCUUAUUCUGAAUUAGUUUUUCUGUCUUUAAUGAAGUAAAACAUUAAAAUGUUUGGAAGAAUUUGCAGUUAAUAAAACAAAGAAUGCAAACAUUAUAGCAGCCUCUGCAAAGGACGAUGGGUACUGUAGUGCUAACAUCUGGCUGCCUUUCUAAGGCAGAUCUGAUUGGUCAUUUCAUCGAUUGGGCCUGACCAAUCAGAACUCGGCUAGAUGGAAAGAAAAGAAGCUGUUUGUAUUUCUGCUCCUUCUUUCUGCCUUGGCGUGACUCUGUUCUGAUUUGGGUCGAGACCGAGACCAGAACCACAACGCCACACCACCAGUGUGUUUUUAAAACCAGUAACGCCCUCCCAGUUCAGGGUUUUAUGUUGGUACUUAUUGGUGGGACUGGAUGGUACUUACUCCAUACUUUCAUCUUUAUUAUGUGUUUAUGACCUGUAGCUACUUAUUUAGCGUUUUUUUUUGGACACCAUUAUAGCGUGAAUUGCCUUUUUCCCGUUUUGUACGAUUACGAUUCCCGUUUUAACUCGUUACAGUUUGUUUACAAAGACAGUAUUACGGAAUACAACGUCUUUUCUUUUAUUGUACAGAAAUGAAGCUGAUUUACAUCUUUUCUUUGGAAAAGGAUUUUCAUGGUAGACUUUUAUCUAAGUGUGACCUGUAAUGCAUAUUUUAACUGAAAGUCAAAACCCUUGUUAUCUUUACUGAUCUGUGAGUUUAAGGACAGUUUUGUGUUCUACAUAUCACCAGUCCUGAUGCUGCUCUGCCCUGAAACUUUACAAUAAUUGUAACGCUGGAAGGUUUCUCGGCAGAUACGUACAGAGAAAUGUUGUUUUUAUUAGCAUUAAAACUGUGUUUAAAACAUAGUAUUAUAUUUUCUCGUGUCAUUGCAGUUGUCUUGCUCUGCGGCUAAGAUGCUGCUCAGUAAUCUAAAAAACUGAUUUUGGUUGAUCUGUUUAGUCAGAUGUACCAGAAGUCUUAAGAUCACGUGGUAUUUUUAAGACUCCAACUAUUUUUUGUCAUGCUGCAUAUGUUUGUCUCGCCAGGGUUUAAAAAGACCUUUUGGGGUCAUGUGAUUUUAUUUUUUCAUCAGUUUCCCAACUGAAGGCACUGUCCUCUCCAGAUACCUGUGGAUUAUCGCGACUCUAGGUGAUCCUUACGGAUGCUGGUUUAGAAGCAUGAAAAGUGUAAAUAUGGCAAAAAUAACUGCUGGAGUAUAAAUGAGUAAUACAAGACAAAAUAAAGGAUGAAUGAUAUUGGA